AUAACACGAACGGCUGGCUUCCUCCUCUUUCAUUUUUAAUUUUCGACGGAAAAACGGCUGGAAAUUUCGCAACUUUCGCUCGCGAAAGCCCUCCUCGCUUUAAACGAUACGUCAUUCGACACGACACCUGAUACAUUCGCGUGUUUUCCUUCGAAGCGCGACCCGAUAGCGCCUCGAUUGACUCGCGUGGGUGGUUGCCGCACGGGGAAAAUCGCUAGCUCGCGCCCCUUCUCUCUCUUCUCUCUCGCCUCCCCCCCCCCUCCCGGCUUCGUAAUAUGAGUCACGCGAAAUCGCACACAAUUGGGAGAGGGGACUGGAAUUCAAAGGGAUUGCUCAAUUUCGACAAGGUUUCGUGAUAAUUCGUUACUCGUGCCGUACACGCACGCUCAUGGGCUCGCUGAUAUAUCGAAGGAAACCCGGCGACUGCCUGUGGACUUUCGAUAGCCGGUCGGGUCCUGUCGUAAUGUAUGUUCUGCAGCAGGAAGAGAGAGAGAGAGAGAGAGAACGUUCUCCGAAACUUCCAGUCCUUCGAGAUUCCCGCGUAAUCAGGGAAUUGCGCGACCCCGCGGCGGAAACUUGUUAGGUGGAGAGAAUUAUGGAUGUUUCCUUAAUUAUGGAUUUUCGGUCUUCGCUCCGUUUGAUUUUUCUUUAAGAAAGAGAUUUUAUCGAAUUUAUUUAUGUUUAUUUGAUUCCGGUUUAUUUAAUACAUGUCGUUUGUAGAAUCAAACAUUCGUUUGUCUGCUCUGUUCCAAAGGACAAAUUUGAUUGGAUUAAACAAAUUUUCAUCAAAUUCAAAGAAUCUACGUGGGAACUCUCAUACACGUGAUAAGGACAGAUAAUGUAUGGAAAUUAACCUCAUUUAACGUCACGAUAAGAAUCUAAACACAAUAAAAGUUUAAUUACGAAUUCAUUAUGCGUGCGUGCGUCGAUAUUAGAAUGAUACUAAAAAUUAACAACCGUUAACGACAUUAUAUACGAGACAGGAAAUCAAAUGCAAUCAGUUGCUGGAUAAGCAGUAUUGCGUGGCAAUUAAACACGAGUCACACAGAAAGCUCGGAAAACUGAGCCCGGGGUUUUAUACGAUACGUAUCGUAUAAAAACUCGACACGUCAUCGAGUCAUUUUCGGAUAUCCCGCGUGGUAACACGAUGAAACCGCAUGACGAAACAUCGGUGUGCCCUCUUCUCCCCCGGCGCCUCUUAAUAGAAAAAAAAAACAACGAGUCACACCGCGGCCCAGUUGAUGAGAGCCGCUGUUGCGGCGGAAUUAAUGACUCAGUCUCUUCCGAAACUUCUGAAAAAAUAGGCGAUUGUUGCGUAAGUCGGAUUGAAUAACCGCCCGCACGUGUCACCGUGCGUGUGUGAGUCGUGCGAUUUCCAUAUCGGCAUUCCCCCGAGAUCUCAGCUUCUCCCGUGAGUAGUUAUCCCCCGAAGUGCGGAGGGAUCCCGCGAACGUUUCGGCCGCGGUGUCAGUAAACUCGCCGGUAUUUGCGACCGACUGUUAGCUCGCUAAACGCGAAGGAACACACGGAGAGUACCUCGCGUGUGCGAGGCUCUGUUACGUGUCGCGCGCUUCACCUGGGGAUCCGAGGGACGUAACGGCCUCGCCGUUAAAUCGGUGGAACGCGACGAGGUCGCGAGUGCACGUUUCGAGACGCCAGCGACGCCCCGGGCACGUGAUUAGACAAGGUUCACGCACCACGGCGGCCGUGGCGUGUGUUUGCGCGAGGAUGAUGGAAAACUGGACGGAGCUUCCAUAAACGAUGUACUAAGAGAACGAAUUAUGGUGGCAGAGUUUGUCGCCCGCCAGAGUGGAUCGCCCAUCAAUGGUGAGACCGCGUGCCUGAACAGCAGCAGCAUGCCGGCCACGCACACAAUGGCGCACGGCGGGCACGGUGGCCACGCCGGGCACGACGCCCACGGACCCUUGCCGCCCCUGACCCAUCCCGGCCACCACGGUGGGCCGCCGGCGCUCCAGCAGCAGCAUCAGCCGCAGCAGCAGCAACCACCACCGCCGCCUCAGCAGCAGCCUCAGCCCACCCACCACCAUCACCAUCACCAGGCGCAGCAGCAGCCGCAGCAACAGCAGCCGCCGCCGCCGCCGCCGCACCACGACUCGCCGCAUCACCCGGAUUACAAUUCGCAGAACUUCGACAUCAGGAAGGAUCUGUUCACGCAGCGCAAGCAGCGCGAGUUCAUCCCGGACAACAAGAAGGACGACAGCUACUGGGACCGCAGGCGGCGCAAUAACGAAGCGGCGAAGCGCUCGCGCGAGAAACGCCGCUUCAACGACAUGGUGCUGGAGCAGCGGGUGAUGGAGCUCAGCAAGGAGAACCACAUACUGAAGGCGCAGCUGGAGGCGAUACGCGACAAGUACGGUAUAUGCGGCGAGGCGAUCAUCAACCCGGAGCACGUGUUGGCCGCGUUGCCGAGCGAGCCGACGAUCAGCGUGAAGCGGGCGAAGCUGCCGACCCCGGCGGCCCUCAUCUACACCCGCACGCCGAGCCCGGUGCACACGUCGGUGAUCCACCAGCCGGUGAGCGGCGCCCGGUCGCCGAGGUCGCCCGCCUCGCAGCUCUACGUACCGGAGACCACGGCUUACCCGGAGACCGACAGCUUCCAGUACCCGUACUCGCACACGACGAUGCACCUGGACACGUCGAGCGCGCUUAACCUGUCGCGCGGUCGCAGGGCGCAGUCGCCCUUCGAGCUGUCGUCCGGCAGCGGCGACGAGGGCCCCCAGUUGGUGGUCGGUGGCUCCCAAAACCCGGCCGCCAACAACAGCCUGCCGCACAAGCUGAGGCACAAGUCGCGCAUCGGCGACAAGGACGCCGCGAGCGCGCUCUUGGCCCUUCAGGGCAUCAAACAGGAGCCGGGCGCGCGAGCGUCGCCACCGUGGGACAACGAGGGCUCCAGCGACGAGCGCGACUCCGGCAUCUCGCUGGGCGCCGAAUGGACAGGCUCGAACGUGCCUGCCGUCUCCGACAGCGACCGCGAGGUGAAGCUGAAGCUCGACCGCCUGGCGUCCGAGGUGGCGUCGCUACAGUCGAUAUUCCGCUUCGGCAAACCCGUCACGGCCUCCGACAACCUGGUGGCGGUGCACAGCUUGGCGCCGAACGCCGCGGCCGCGGUCAGCGGACCGUGAGAGAACCUUUGUCGCUGGACUGCUCCGGCUGGACGCCGAGGUUCCUUGGCAAAUUAGACACGACGAGGAAGAGGAGGGUCGUCGUCGUUUGAAGCAUUCGAUGCACCGGCGGGCCCCCCCUGGAUCCGCGCGGAAGAAGUCGAUGACGUUGAAUGUAGUAGCGUUCGAGAUCGAUCGCGAGAAUUCUUUGUUUCUUUUCCCGAGGGCAGAUGGGUAGUAGUGAUCGGCUGACCCUCGACCGGUGGAUCCACCGGCGAUACCUGCGAGUCACGUGACGGCUCUCUCGCCCGAAUCGAAUUUUACGCUGAGCUUUGCGCAUCCCGAUUUUCUCCAGAUUUUUGUUUUUGUUUACCUUUACCAGACUUGUGUUGUAUAUAUUUUUGCGUUUCUUAGAGGAAGUGUAUUAUUAAUAUAUAAUGAAUUGGCGGAAAAGAAUCAAAUAGCAAUUCGAGACUUAUGUAUUCUAAUGGACGAAAUUAUUGUUUCAUAUAUUAACAGAAAUGUGCUAUUUUCUUUCAAAAAUUAACAUUCUCGAAUUCGGACGAUAUUACAAUGUUAUCGCAAGAUUAUGAUAGUCCACUAGAAAUCAUAAUAUGAUUAUUUUGAAAGUAAUAAAUCUUAGACGUUUUAACCAAAUUAUAUCGAAAAGAUUAAUGUAUUAUUUUGAAUAACUCUAUUAUUUGAAUCGAACGUAUGUUAAUCUUCUAUAUUUUUAGUGGAACUAUAUUUCUUCGUGUAAGCAAGUUUCAUCUGUUCGACUGUUUAUAUAAUAUCGUUUCGAUGAACAACACGUUGAGAAUACGGAUUUUCUCGAAGCAAGAAUGUUCUUGGUUUUCCGUGCGGGAGGAAAGUAUUUAAACUACUUAAUCGGAUUACCGAUUUUUCCUCUUCCAAGCGCACGCGGGGGAAGAAUUGUGCCGGUGGAUUCUAGUCGGGCGUAAUUGUCGACGAUAAUUUCACUGAUAUCGCAAGGUGUACUCGCGAGUUCGCGGCUGAGAUUAUUACCGAUCUACCCUCGCCGCGAGAUCGAGCGUCAACGUCCGCCGAACAUCGCGGCGAAAUGCGGGACGCACUCGCAGCAUCUUGGAUCCCGCGACGCUUCGGAUCCUCCGACCGGCUGGACCGCCGGGGACUCUCUUCCGGAACCUUCGCGACCGUUCCUCUUCGUUGAAAAUUUGUAACUUAUUGUGAUACGUCGGACAGGUGGAGUCACACAGAUUCCCCCGUUCGCGGAGUUCCCGACUACGAAUGUGCGUGUGUACCUGUGUGUGUGUGUGUGUACGUAUGUAUGUAUCGUCGUUGGCGGUCACAUCCGGUCGAAGGCUCGGAAUGCGAUUUUGUCUCCACUUUUCUACCGAAGCGGGCCGGUAGGAGUUAAGAGCGGCGCGAUUACCCGAGUAGCGUUCGUAAGUUGUACGUUCUAAGACCCGUAGGCUAAUCGUUCUUCUAUUAUUCAUCAUUUAUACCGUUACUAGAGCGAGGUUUGUUGAUUCGGGCAGUCGUAUCGCGGCGAGGCGAGCCGAGCCAGGUGUGUGUCUUGAGUGGUGGCGAGCCAUCACCACGAUCUGCGUGCAGGAGCGUGUGAACAAUCAGCGUUACCGUUUAACCACCCCGAGAGCUUUUACCCCCCAAUUGAUAAUUGGUCGUGCAACCGGCUAUCUCACUACCGUCUCCGACAUACCGUAACGAUUCCACACCGAGAAGAAAUUCGGUCGAAUUCACCUGAAUAAUGAACCAACCAAAUAAAUCUCGGUCGAAGAAAACGGAAUUUCCGGUUACGAAAACCCGAGUAUGGUCCGCGAGGACUGGAAAUUCCGUUUGCCUCGGCCAAAACGCCUUUGGAUCUGUUCACCGAUGAACAACAUUAUCCGGAGAAAUUUUGGCAAUUGUCAGGUAAAUUCACAACCGAACUUUCGUCUCCGUGCAUUCCCGCGUAUGGGAAUCCUUUCUUCUCGUUAUUAGUCUUCUCCCCCUUGUCUUUUCUACCGUCGUCAUCGAUCAUCCUCUCCUUUCUUCUUUUUCUUCUCCUCGUCUUCUUCUACUCGUUCUUCUUCUUCGCGAUUGUUACACGUAAAGCGGCGAGCGACGACGACGACGACGACUUCGCACGGUGGAGCUUCGAGAGGCGAGGCUCGAUCGCGUCUCCCAAUUAUUUAUUUAUCGCCAAAAAGACCGAAUUUUCGAGUCCACUGUCAAUCUUCGAUGCUGAUCUUUAUCCUUGUGUACUCCUGAGAGAACAAUAUUCGCGCGGAAUUUCGAAGAUUUCGGUGCCUCUCGCCUCGAAUUCGCCUCUCGUCUAUCUAAUUCGCUCGUCAUCGGGAGUAGGGCCGCCGCGAACUCCCGCGAAGCUCCACCGCUCUGAAAUUCUUCAUUCUCUUGGGCGCGAAGUCCGCUCUCUCGGAACGAUCUAUAAUUCGCGACACACACGGACGGAGUGUGAGAUACUCUCCCGGAAACUUUCGGCCAGCCAGAAUUACUCAUGGAUGCGCGCGUCGAUGGAUCUCCAAAUGUUCUCCGCAUUACACGACGACAACGCGAAAUUAGACAGAUGGAGUGCCGUUUCGAAUUAUAGAUCGAGAAGAGCGAACUCGAGUUCCUUAUUGGUCCGGACUCGAUUAAGAAGAGAGAGAGAGAACAGCGAGGCUGCGCUUCGACGUUCGCGACGUCGUAUCUCGUCGCGACGUUCGUUCUCGCCCGACUUUGCGCGACUGUCUCCUUUUUAUACUUUUGCUAUCAAUUAUGCUACGGCGUAGUAGCAUCGUGUCUGUAUAUAUGUACAUGUAUAAAUGAAACGAAAGUGCAUCUGUGUUACAAAACGCCGGACGAGAAAGAGAGAGAGAGAGAGCGCGAGCGCUAUUCUGUCGAUUUUAAGUGUACAAUAUUUUCGCUGCGGAAAAUCUCGGAUGGCGGAAUUUAGUGUUGAAGUAUUAAGCGAGCCUAUAUGUAAUAUAUAUACAUAGCAUAUAUAUAUAUACUUACAAGAAAUAUAUAUAUAUAUAUAUAUACAUAUAUAUAUACACUCGGAUAUACAUAUAUGCAUAUAUUUUUCAAAUUAAUGUAUUUUUCGAUAUCAUCAUUGAAACGAACUCUGUAUGUAAACGCGUGUACAGCGCUCGCGAUUAUCACGGACUCGAAGGAACUCAAGAGAGAGAGAAAGAGAGAGAGAGACGCUCGAGAAAGAAGAACGAUGGAAGUCGUCGGUCACAGCGGAAGUAUCGGCAGUUGUACGGAACCAAAGUUGAUUGAUUCCUCGCGAAGUCACGAAGGCGAAGAGACGACGAAUGUCCGGCCGCGCGUCCGGCUUCCAUCGUAACGUGGGAAAGCAAGAUAAUCCGAGGAGACGUUUAUCAAUCCGACGACGAUGACGACGGGAAAGAAACAACGGCAACGUAAUUGCGGUGAGGUCGACGAGAAUCACGGACCAGUGUCCCCCGAAUCGGUCGAUGAAUCAACCAUUCAUUAACGCCACAUUUGUGAUAUCGUAGAGCGAUAGAGGCGCGAAAGCCGACGACGUUUUGAGAACCGCGAGCCCGCGGACCGCAUCAUCCCCUAUUUAUUGUAUACUAAUCGCCUAUGUUAUAUACGGCGGAGCGCGAACCAACGAUGGUGGAGAAUUCGGGGGCGAGCUUAGGGGCCGUUCUACAAUAGCGCAAACACAGUUGUUGCGAGCGGUGUCGUAAGACGCAGUUGUGAGUUACUACCUACCGGUUGUAAAGUACCGUGUUGUGAUAAAUGACUGAACUUCAUCAUUCACGACCACGAUAGCGUAAGACGCUCGAGAGUGUCGGCCAAUCGGGGUGCUGUUAUGGAAAUGAACGUGACGAUAAUUGCAUUCCGAUUGGUUGCCGUAAUCAAGCUACGACGGUAUCUCUUUGCUCCGUAUGUAGAUUAAUCUGUUUUGCAACAUUCACCACUACUACCACAACUACACUCCCACAACCUUACGUUUACGUUUACGCUAUUAUAGAAACGGCCUUCGUGAUUCUACACGAAGGAGAGGCCGCGUUGAAGUCUUCGCGCAGAGAAAAAGACGGACCCGUCCGUCCUUCGCACUCGGACGUCGCACGUAGAAAGGAUCUCCUCUCUCUCUCUCUCUCUCUCUCUCUCUCUCUCUCUUCCUCGUGUCUCUUUCUUUUUCUACGUUACUCGUUUUUCAGCGUGAAAAUGUUCCAUAUUUUGUACAGCUUAUUUGUACGUAAGACGAAUCCGCAAGACGAGGCGACGCGACGGGACUUGAAUCGUCAUUGACGAACGUGCGCAUCAAGAACAAUGCAGCCAGUAGCAAUAAGCGAGAGAGACCAUCGUCGAGCUCCACGCGCUGUAAAGGAUACAAGAACGUAGUGAUAGUGUAAGACACACACACAUACCGUUCUCGCAGUCGCGUCGCUGUAAAACACCGAGAGUGCCUGUAACGACGCGGAAUCAUCCGCCGCGAACCCAAGUGGCGCGAAAGAGCCGCAUCGGCGGUCGACGGCGAGAGGAACGAAGACGCUGUGCCGUGUACGUGUAAAUAGAUCGUCUUCUGCCGAAGUAAUUCGCGAUUUCCAAUCAGCGAGUCGACGACGAGUCAGUCUCGCGUGAUCCCGGAUUUCUUCUUUCACACAUAUACACAUAUGCACACACGUAAGACACAGAGAGAGAGAAAGAGAGAGAGAGAGAGAGAGAGAGGGAGAGUACCCACACAUUUUUGCCUCGCUCGCUUCGGACAAUCGUGAGAGAGCCCCGAUAUAUAUAUAUUAUAUAUAUAUACCUUAUAUAUUCUUGUACAUAUAAAAUCGCACCUUUGCCAAAAAGCAGUUACGAGGACCGCGAAGCAAGAUCGGCCGGAGAAGGAACGGACGUAUUUUUCCCCCUCCCCGCCUCUCCUCCCCCCGCAAACUAUCUGAGUUGUACGCUCUCCAUCUUUCUCUCCUCCCUUCCUCCUCCCUCUCUCACUCCAUCCAGCCCCUCCGCGAGAGAGACGACUCGCGCGCGUUUUCGACUAUACAGUUCCUAUGUGCACUACUACUGGUAUAUAAAAGCGACUCAGGCGAUCGAUAACCAAGUCGUCCGCAAUAAUCGUAUGUAUGUAUAAUUCCGAUCUUAUUAAGCUUCGGUUCCCCCCUUUCUCCGGCUGCUGCUCGGAGAUGUAAGUAUUUAGACACUAAGGGACAUAUCCACAGCGCGUGUAGUGUACUUGUAUAUGAAUACCGAAAUAAAUAUUUUCAAUGUUUUUGACAA